AUGUCCGACAUCAAGCAAUCUCUCCCACAGCCAAAGAGCAUUUCUACCAACAUGAACUUCCAGCAAGCCAAGACCCCCACAGGUGAAGCAGAAUGGGAACACGGUCUAUUCGACUGUUUCAAAGGGGAAGACCUACUCUGUAAGUCAUCUCCCAAAUUCCUUUCUCUCUAAACAUCACGUACUAACUUUUAUUAAGUGGGUGCCCAAACCUACUUCUGCCCCUGCAUCACCUACGGCAAAACCCAAGCACGAACCCGUGAUCCCACACUUGGAAGCUAUGAGUUGGUCAACACUGACUGUCUCAUGUGGACGGGGUAAGCUCAAUUUCAUGCUUCCACUAUACUUACCAAGAAGACCAAACUAACACUUACAACAGAGCACAUUGCUUCGGUAUCUCUUGGCUUCUCUCCUGCAUGAAGCGAACCGAAAUCCGAGAAUCCUACAAUAUCCGCGGUGAUAAUGUAAAGGAUUGCUUGUUGAGUUGGUGUUGCAACUGCUGCACCCUGAUGCAACAGGAGAAGGAAGUCAUUGCCAAGCAGAAAUCCGGUGUAGUUAAACAGGGAUAUCAGGCUCCUACUGGCAUGACUAUUCAUGGUCAUUGAUCUGCCAGCGUACAGGUUGUCAGGAAUGGCAGGAGACCAGGAGAAGUGGUUGAGAUCGUUCAUUCUUUUCUUUUGUUUGCUGAGAUAUAUGAGUUUUAUUGGUUCUUCCUGUUUGUUUGUAGUAAAAGAGAUGCGUCAGAUACCAUGUAUAACGAGGGUUCG